CGCUAAAAGCACUUCGGAUCGCAAAUCUUUUUUGGGUUGAGAAUGAGGGGCGUCGUGGGGCUGACGACAUGGCUGGCAGUGCUCGCGGCCGUCGUUGGUGCGUGGGAGCCGCAGCCCGAGGGCUACGAGCUCAUCGACGGGCCAGGCCGCCAUGACAACGCGUCCAUCGAAGCGUGGCGAAGCAAGUGGGCGACGUGGAAGGAGCUGGAGCUGCGCACUGUUCGCUAUGCGCCCAAGGACGUCAAUAGCGUCUACAACACGCCGGCCUUGCAAUGGACGCAGACAAGCCUGCUCCAAGUCUUCGUCAUGAUGCACGACCGCAUGCUCUUUGACCGCGACACGAAUGCGUAUACGCUCGACAAGUACCUCGGGACGUUCGACUUGCAGUUCGACAGCGUCCUCCUUUGGCCAUCGUACCCGAACCUUGGCAUCGACACGCGCAACCAGUGGGAUUUAUGGUAUUCGCUGCCGGGUGGCAUCGAUGGCGUCAAGCAGCUCGUUGCGGACUUUCAUGCGCGCAACAUCCGUGUCUUCUUGCCCUACUUGCCGUGGGAUACGGCGACGCGCGACCCGAACCCGACCAAGUCGCGCUACCAGUCCGAUAUCGACGAGCUCUACAACGUGCUGCGUGCGACGGGUGCCGACGGCGUGAACGGUGAUACGCUCUACGGCGUCCCAUCUUCGUUCUACCGACCGAACGAAGGCAUGGCGACGUGCCCCGAAGGCGGAGUGCCCUCGUCCGACUUGGGCACAAACCCGAUGAGUUGGGGCUACUACUACGGCUUCUCGAGCUUCCCGCCCGUCGCGCGCGCCAAGUUCUUGGAGCCUCGCCACAUGGUGCUCAUCUGCAGCCGGUGGUCGCUCAACCGCGGCCUCGAGUUCCAGCUCUCGCACUUCAACGGCGCUGGGUACGUCAUUUGGGAAAACAUUUGGGGCAUCUGGAAUGGCAUGACCAAGCGCGAGGUCGAGACGCUCAAGCGGUCCAUGUCGAUUCUCCAGCGCUUCUCCUUUGCGCUACCCAGCCUCGAGUGGACGCCGCAUGUCCCGGGCCUGCCAACCAACGUCCACGCGUCCAAGUUUCCCGUGCCAUCGGCGAACGCCAUCUUGUACACUGCGAUCCGAACGAGCAACGACGUGUUUGACGGCGACCUCUCGCUUCCGCUGGCCGCCUUCCAGGAGACGUCAACCGUGGCUGUUUACGACUUGUACUACGGCAAAGCCGUGCCCGCCACAGUGUCCGGGGCCACCGUCACCUUUCGUGGGCACAUUGAAGAGUAUGGCUACGCUGCGUACUAUGUCGUGGCCGCUGGGAGCGAGCCAAAGUGGCUUCAAGCGUUCCUCGCGUCGAUGCACGCGCGUACGACGACGCCACUCGCUGCCUACGACACGAGCCGCCCGCUCUUGCAGCAGCGCAUGACGACGCAGUCGUCGGCCACGUCCAUCGUCGUCGGCCCGGACGCAUCCAGCACGUACGACCAGCGCGCGCCGGCGACGCUCAACGUCACGGAGCUCCUUCAACUGGUGCCGAUCAACGGCACAAAGGCGUGGACGUUCCGCGUGGAUGGUGUCCAGAUCGAGCCCGUGCCCGCGUGGACACCGAAUGGCAAAGAGUUUGGUGUCGGGGUCCAAUUCCCUUGGGAAGACCGCCCGCGCCCCCACCACGCCACCGAGCUCUGGAUCGAGGACUUUCAGAUCAUGAAGUACCCCGUGACGAACGCGCAGUACCACGCGUUCCUCGCGUCGUCCAAGUACGUACCGACGGACGUGGAUCGCUUCCUCUUGCACUGGAGCGACCGCCUUCACAAGGAUGGCUCGUACGCGCCCAUUGCAGCGUGGUCGGUGCCGACAGCGGUCGCGUCGCAGCCCGUUGUGCACGUCUCGCUCGAAGAUGCGCAGGCCUUUGCUGCCUACUACGGCCUGCGCUUGCCCCACGACUGGGAGUGGCAGUACGUCGCCUCCAACGGCGUCGCGUACAACAGCGUGCCGUACGGCGAUGCGUUCGAGCCGUCCCGGCACCCACGUGUUCAGCGCCAUGGUGACGUCAUCGCCGCGGUCGACGUCGAUGCGUACCCCGCCGGGUGCGCGACGGCAUCGGACGUCUGCGCGCUCCUCGGACACGUGUGGCAAAUGACCGACGCCUUCUGCGACGAGCGUACGUGCAGCGUCUUGGUGCGUGGUGGCAGCGCGUAUGCGCCGGUCGCGUCGAGCCUCCGCGACCCCAACUGGUACUUUCCAGCGAUCACGGCGAGCAACAAGCACGGCAAGUUCCUCACGCUGAGCCAAAGCUACGACCGCGCCGCCACGAUCGGGUUCCGCUGCGCAAUCUAAGAGCGACGACGACGUUGGUUGUCGACAACGUAAUCAAAGAUUACGCAGCGAAUAUGAUGCACACUAGCUUGGACCAAACGCGUAAUCGGGCAAAACCCUACCCCUGGUGCAGGCAGCGAAGUCGGUGCGAACGCGUGAUGCUACGUGGCUCUGCCGCAAGCUUGGUCUCGUCAUCAGCAUGUCGCUUGCGACGAGAAGACGUUGACGCAGUGGGUACUAGC